CUGCCCUUUGAGUUAUCCUGAAGUCUAUAAGUGGGAGAUAAACCAGAGAGCAGUUAGAACAUUCGGCAUAAUGACUUCUUACACCGACAAAGGGGAAAAGCAUGAACGAGGUCGCUUUCUAAGCUUCCAUCAUCUUACCUUUUGGGUUGGAAAUGCAAAACAGGCUGCAUCAUUCUAUUGCGAUAAGAUGGGAUUUGAACCUUUUGCCUACAAAGGACUGGAGACUGGCAGUCGAGAGGUGGUAUCCCAUGUUGUCAAGCAGAACAAGAUAUUUUUCAUUUUUCAAUCUCCACUGAAUCCAGAAAAUCAAGAGAUGGGCCAGCAUUUAAUCAAACAUGGAGAUGGUGUAAAGGAUGUAGCUUUUCAGGUUGAAGACUGUGACUUUUUGGUUCAGAAAGCCAAAGAACACGGAGCUGUGGUUGUAAAUGAGCCUUGGAUUGAAGAGGAUGAAGGAGGCAGAGUAAAAUAUGCGGUCCUGCAGACGUAUGGAGAUACUACACAUACACUCAUUGAAUACCUGGGGCCAUAUCAAGGUGUCUUCCUUCCAGGUUUUAAAAAGCCUAUGUUCAGUGACCCAAUGUUAUCUUCGCUGCCGUCUGGUUGCCUAAACUUCAUUGAUCACAUUGUAGGAAACCAGCCCGAUGAUGAAAUGGAGCCCACUGUGAACUGGUAUCAAAAGUGCCUGCUCUUCCACAGAUUCUGGUCUGUAGAUGACAAGCAGAUUCAUACGCAGUACAGUGCCCUGCGCUCAAUUGUGGUGACAAAUUAUGAGGAGACUAUAAAGAUGCCAAUAAAUGAACCAGCUCGUGGGAAGAAAAAGUCACAGAUACAGGAAUAUGUAGACUACUAUGGCGGAGCUGGUGUACAGCACAUUGCUCUUAACACUUCCGACAUCAUCAAAGCAGUGAAGAAUCUGAAAUCACGUGGCAUGCAGUUUCUUUCUGCACCAGACACCUAUUAUGAUGACCUGAGAAAAAAAUUAAAAAGUGCCAAGAUCACUGUGAAGGAAGAUAUUGGCGUGCUACAGGAGCUAAAAAUUUUGGUUGAUUAUGAUGACAAAGGAUAUCUUCUUCAAAUCUUCACCAAGCCAAUGCAGGACCGACCGACCCUCUUCCUAGAAGUUAUACAAAGAUAUAAUCAUCAUGGCUUUGGUGCUGGUAACUUCAAAUCCUUGUUUGAAGCAAUAGAAGCAGAUCAAGAUGCCAGGGGGAAUCUUACGGUCUACUCUGAAAACGAAGACCCUCAGGUGUUUUAUUGAAAGAAACACGCAAUUGAAUAGACAUAAAUUUCCCUUAUGUAUGUGAAAAAUAAUAAUAAAAAUCUUUUACCUGA